GCACGCCCUAUCAAUUUUGAAGAGGAUUCCCCUGACUACAACGAAAUUGACGAUAUCGCUCUGCUACCUUUGCAUGCUUUGGUUACUGCUGACACCGACAGGAACAAUGAGAGCGGAGAGAAAGCAGAGGCCUUUGGCGGAGACGACUCUCCAAAGUACGAUUCUCUAUUCUCGGCGGACAAGCUUGAAGAUAGCGAUCUUGAUGAAAUGUUACGGGAGACAGAUUCAACUGGACGUUCUCGUAAUCCUUCCACAUCAAGCGAUCAUAUGCAGGAUGACCUUGUACCGGUUGUGUUUACCGCUCGUCAUAAUAGAUUGCUGACAGAGAUGUUAACGCAUACGCAUCUACCUGGAUUAUCAAGUGUCGAUCAAAUGCACUUGCUCGCCAUCGCAGACACACUUAGUCAUUUUACCACCGAUGUUAUGGAUAAGCUAACACAGGCGAAUGCAGGUAUGGUCAAAUUCGCUCAGGACUUUGCUGGGGAUCCAGUGCAUGGCAAUCAUUCUCACGCUUUUCGCAUGCUUCCUAACAACUUUAUCCUACACUAUUUAACUUAUGUUGCUUUAGCCAUGCAACCAGCUGUGCCAUCCGUCCUUGGUGAUGCUACGGCAGGAGGCUACGCAACAGCCGCAUCUGGAAUAGAGACUGUUGACGAAUGUGGGCUGCGCUACUUGAUGGCUAUGAAACAGCAUGAGUAUCUGCUAGUCUGCUUACCUAUGAAGCAAAGGAUGGAGUUGAAGGUGUGGAAAGUCACAGGUGACCUUCUCAGCUUCUGUCAUCUAUUACAGAAAGUUGGGCUUGCUUCAUCGGACAUCAUCUGGGCUCAGCAUUCCGAGACGGAAACGGAGCUGCUAAACGCAGUCCCUGGUUUGCAGAAGUCAAAUCCGACGUGGGAUGAAUUGAGAAGUCUUGGUGUGGCUUGGUGGUUGAAGAACACGGCUAGCCUCAAAAUUUGUGUUGAAAAGCUUGCAAAGGCCGCAUUCCAACAAAAUCAAGAUCCCAUGGAUUCUUCGUUAUAUUACCUAGCGCUCAAGAAAAAGAAUAUUCUGACUCAUCUGUUCAAGACCGUAAGGAAUUCGACUAUGGCCGAAUUUUUCAUGCAAGACUUCAAUACCGAACAUUGGAAGAAGGUUGCUGCUAAGAAUGCCUUUGUGUUAAUGAGUAAGCAGCGAUUCCAUCAUGCUGCUGCGUUCUUCUUGCUUAGUGGGAGUCUCAAGGAUGCUCUUCAGACGAUACUCUGCAAAUGCCAUGACUUGCAACUGGCAAUGGUCGUGGUGCGUUUGUAUGAAUCGGAUAUUGAUGCCCAACAAAACAUGCUCAAAGAAAUGCUUUGCCGGUUAGUUUCAUUGUAA